CCCUCCUACUGUAUGCCACACGCCUGUUUCCAUUCCCCAUCUCGUUCCUCCUCGGUCCCCCCCCCUCCCCUCUUUCUCCCCUUCUCUUCCGCUUUUCGCCCCUCCCACUCCCUCCCCAUCCAAGGCAUCCCCUCCAGCAGCAUGAGCGCCAACGGGACUUCCUCCGCCCCCUCGCGAGUCAGCGCCCACUCGCACAUUCGUGGCCUGGGCAUCCGUGAGGAUGGCACCGCCGAGCACCAGGCUGGUGGCUUUGUCGGUCAGACGGCCGCGCGAGAGGCCCUGGGCCUGAUCGUCGACCUUAUCCGGGCGCGGCGCAUGGCCGGCCGGGCGGUUUUGUUGGCCGGCCCGCCUGGCAGCGGCAAGACCGCCCUGGCCCUGGGCAUGGCGCGUGAGCUCGGCCCGAAGGUCCCCUUCUGCGCCAUGGUCGCCAGCGAGGUGUACUCCGCCGAGGUCAGCAAGACCGCCGUGCUGGCGGAGUACUUCCGCCGGACCAUCGGCCUCCGCAUCAAGGAGAACAAGGAGGUCUUCGAGGGCGAGGUGACCGAGCUGACCGUCGACGAGGCGGAUGCCCCCCAUGGCGGCUAUGGCCGGACCAUCGCCGCGGUGCUGGUGACGCUGCGCUCGGCGCGCGGGACCAAGACCCUGAAGCUGGACGCCUCGGCCUAUGAGCAGCUGCAGAAGGAGCGCGUGGCGGUCGGCGACGUCAUCUACAUCGAGGCGCAGUCGGGCACCGUGCGGCGGGUGGGCCGGAGCGAUGCCCUGGUCGGCGAGGCGGACCUCGAGGCCGACACCUAUGUCCCCAUCCCCAAGGGGGAUGUGCACAAGCGCCGGCAGGUGGUGCAGGAUGUGACCCUGCACGAUCUGGACCAGGCCAAUGCCAAGCCCACCGGCGGGCAGGACCUGGCGGCCAUGAUGGCGGCCCUUGGGCCCGGGGCCGCCCGGCGGACCGAGGUCACGGCCAAGCUCCGGCGCGAGGUGGACCGCGCGGUGGACAAGCACCUGCAGUCCGGCGUGGCGGAGCUGGCCCCGGGUGUGCUGCUGAUCGAUGAGGCCCAUGCCCUGGACUUGGAGUGCUUUGCCUACCUGAACCGGGCGCUGGAGAGCCCGAUGGCCCCGGUGGUGGUGCUGGCCACCAACCGCGGGUGGGCCCCGCUCCGGGGGUCCGGCACGCCGGGCGGCGCGCAUGUGGUCCGCUCGCCGCACGGCCUGCCGCCGGACCUGCUGGAUCGCAUGGUGGUCGUGCACACGGCUCCCUAUGGGCUGGCUGAUGCCGGGGCCAUUGUCGCCCAGCGGGCCGCCGCCGAGCGGGUGUCCCUCAGCCCGGAGGCACGCGCCUGGCUGGCCGAGCGGGCGUCCGGCGUCCCGGUCCCGGGCGGGGCGGUGGACUCGGCCACCGGCGUGGCCAUGUCCGGCACGGCCUCCCUGCGGUAUGCCCUUCAGCUGCUGGCCCCGGCGGCCAUCCUGGCGUCGGUGCGCCUGGGCACCACCCCGGCCGCGACCGACGACACCCCCGUGGCCGAUAGCAAUGCCGAGGCUUCGGCCGAUGGUGCCCCCGUCGUCCCUCUCCAGACCAUCGACCUGUGCGAUGUCGAGGAGGCGGGCAUGCUGUUCUUGGAUCCGGGCCGCAGCGCCGCCGCCGCCGCCAGCUGGACCCCGGCCGAUGUGGAGAUGCAGGUGGCCAGCACGGCUUCCGGGUGAAGAGAGAGGAGGGGGCGCCCACCGGGAAGGACGACCGGCACCCGCAAAGCCGCCUCGGGCUCCUGCCGGUCUCGGGAUCCCCGGGCUCCAUGCCCAUGUGCCCACGUGAGCACGCCUCCCCUGGCCCGGGGCGAACAUCUCCGUUUCCGCGGACCUGCUCUCGCCCGCGCCGGGGGCGGGGGGGGGGGGGGGUCCC